ACUUUUAGUACGCUAUACAAAUCGGUCUUAAUUUCGGAAAAUGAGCACGACAGUGGAAUUGUUUUUUGGAUUACCUCCUCCAGAUCCUGAGACGAAAAAUUUUCCUUUUCUUGGUUCGCAUUGGCCCCUCACUACAAUUAUCGCGGUGUAUUUAAUAUUUGUCUUGAAACUUGGACCAAAGUUUAUGGAGAAUCGCAAGCCAUACAAUCUUACGUAUGUAUUAAACUUCUAUAACAUCUUUCAAGUGAUAUAUAAUUCGAUUGUCUUCGGCUUGGCUAUAUAUUACAUGAUAAUUAAUCCAGUAUAUGACUGGAGCUGCAUGAUGAAUCUUUCGCUCGACCAUCCUGAAAAGAAUAUGGAACGCUGGAUAACUUACGCAUUCUUUAUUAAUAAGAUAAUAGAAUUAUUGGAUACCGUUUUCUUCGUUCUUCGGAAAAGCUACAAGCAAAUUACCUUACUGCAUGUCUAUCAUCAUGUGCUUAUGACUUCUCCGGUAUAUUGGACUAUCCAUUUUUAUGGUUUUGGUGGACAAUAUGCAACGAUGGGAUUUUUGAACAGCGGCGUUCAUGCUGUUAUGUAUUUCUAUUAUUUCAUCUCAGCAAGGUAUCCCGGACUAAAGGGCAGUUUGUGGUGGAAGAAGUAUAUUACCAAACUACAGCUUUUGCAAUUCAUUCUUCUGUUGAUACAACCUUUCUAUGUGCUACUCUCCAAUCCUGGUUGUAAAUUUCCACUAUUUUUACAUAUCUUGCAAUUGAUUGUGUGUACUUCUAUGGUGACAAUGUUUAGUAGAUUUUAUUACUUUGCCUAUGUGAAACGAAGACCACAAAAAUCAUUGAAGCGAAAGUAAACAAAAGACGGAAAUCAAAAAAAUCGAACAACAAGCGUAAUAUUUAAGCUAGAAUUACGAAUUUUGGUAUAUACAAUAACAACUAUAGUACUAGUUAUGAUUCCCGAAAAUUUGGUUGCGAUCAGCUAAAAAUUGUCGAAGUUAUUAAAGAAAUACUUUU